AUGGCUAAAUUUUAUGAAGAUAGCCUUGAAACUGGUGGCUCUCCUGAAGGCUAUCGGAUAUCGCAAACCAAAGGUGAAAUUUUCCAAUUAGCUGGUUUUGUAAAGAAAUCUGGAGAAGCGGUAAUAAAUGAAGAGGAUAUAAAAGAAGUUUUUCACUGUGAUGACAGUGCUCCUCAAUCCUCAAUCAAUUACCAGUUGGUGAAAUCUGUAAAUCCACGUUUUCCUGGCAAUUUAUCGGUAACUGAUGAAGAAUUAGAUGACAUAGGGGAAAGAGAUGUUAAUGUAUUCUUUCAACUGAGUUUUUUUGGUUCAUUGGAUAUGUCAAGAUCAAAUUCCAUGACAAAUUGUGGCCAGUGUCGACUUGCACCUUUAAUUCCUUGUAUUCAAGAUUCAAGUCAGUUGUAUGAUUAUACAGUUAAAGUGCUUUUUAAACUUCAUUCAGCUUUGCCACCUGACACAUUAACUGGACACAGAGAGCGUUUCCUGAAACAGUUCAAAUCUUUACAACAGUUUUAUGUGAGUGCGAGUAAUCUUCAAUAUUUUAAGCAUCUGAUUCAUGUACCAUUACUUCCUGAGAAUCCUCCAAAUUUUCUGGUAGCUUCUGAUUUAAGUGCACAUGUGAGUCCUGUAGUAAUUUUACCUCCACAUACAGAUACUCCAGAAAAUGAAACUGUAGAUAUGAAUCUGGUUGAUACAACUGUGCCAAAUCAUGUUAGCACACCUUCUCAUAUUGAAGGUGUUUUUGGACAGAGAAAUGCUGUUGAUUAUCGUCAAAGGAAUGGGUCCAGUUCACCUGAUCAGAUGUCUGACAAGGACCUUCUUAUAGAACGUUUGCAGAAGGAUAUUGAGCUUUUAAGAAUGGAUAUGCAACGAAUGCGAAUAGAGUAUGAAAGAAAGAUUGAUGAUUUCAAAAGACAAAUGGUUAACCUUGAAGCUCACAUAACUGAGCAAGACCAAAUUAUUCAGAGCUUAAAAGAUGAAAAUGAAAGUUUGAAGACUAAACCUGCAUCAGAAGAAACAGCAUCUGAAUUAGCUUUAAAAUUAAAUGAUGCUGAAAAGAAGGCUAAAGUACAGGAAGAAAAGUUUCUGAAGAUGAAGGAAGUUUACAGUAAACUUCGUGAAGAGCAUAUUGGCCUUAUUAGAGGGAAAGCAGAGCUGGACAAACAGGUUUCUGUUCUUAAAACUUCGGUGGAAGUAGCUGAAAAGGAAAAACAAUCAUUAACUCAACAAAUUGAAGAGCUUAGCAAUUCAAAUGUGAAAACUGAAAGUCUUCAGAAAUUGGAGAAUUAUGAAGUUCAGUGUGGUAUUUUAGUAGAUGAAAAAGCUACCUUGCUUGAGCAAAAUAAGGAUUUGGAGAAUAAAUUAUGUGCUAUGCAGUCACAGUGUACAACUUUGGAAAAUGAACUCAAUAAUGUUACUGGGAAUAUGAAAGAACUACAUGAUAAGCUAAAAGAAGUACGGGAUCAGUAUGUAGCACUUGAAGAUAAAAGCAGAUCUGAUUCAAAUAAAAAAUAUGUAUAUUUAGAUUGUGUGUUAAAAGAAGCUGAGCAUAUUGUUCAGGUUGCAGUUGAUGAUCUCGAUAGUCCUGCUUUAUCUGUUAAUAAUAACUGUGCUCCAGAAUACUUUCUGCAGCAGUUAGGGAAUAUCACUGUAACAACAGAACAGUUUGAAAGUUCAUACUUAAAAUUUGCAGAUAACCCAGAAGAUAUUGAAGGUAUUCUUCAGUCCACCACUUUUUUUGCACAUCUGUUAUCCAACGUCUUGAUAGAAGGGAAGGCUACUUCCAAUGCUUCACCAAAUAUUGAGCAAGGCGAUCAGCUUGCUUUGUCGUGUAAACAUUUAGGCCUAGAAGGAUUAAAUUUGUUCAAGAUGUUGCGAAACAAAGCUUCGAAAAGUGAAGUUCUCAGCAUAUUCAAUAAAAUUUCGAGUGAAACUACUAAUACAAUGAAAAUUAUGGAAGUUUUGGUGCCUAACAUGUCUCAAGAUCAAACACAGAAAUUGGGUGAUAUUAUUGAAAAAGAACUGAAGCAAAUGGAUCAAGAUAUUGAAGAAGCAGCUCAAAAAAUACAGGAUAUGUUAACUAAUAGCAGAGCAGGGGAUUCCGGUAUGAAACUGGAAGUGAACAGUAAAAUUUUAGAUUCAUGUACAAGUCUAAUGCAGGCUAUCAAAGUUCUAGUGCAUGCUUCAAAAAAUCUGCAAGAGGAAAUAGUUUCUCAAGGAAAGGGUACUGCAUCUGUAAAAGAAUUUUACAAUCGUAAUCAUAGGUGGACUGAAGGUCUGAUAUCUGCUGCUAAAAUCGUAGGUUUAGGAGCUAGAUUUCUAGUCAAUGCUGCAGAUAAAGUUGUCAGUAAACAAACUAAAUUUGAAGAGUUAGUAGUUGCAUCUCAGCAGAUAGCUGCUGCUACAGCACAGCUUGUGAUUGCAUCUCGUGUUAAAGCUGAUAGAGGAAGUGAGAAACUAGCUAAAGUAUCUCAAGCUUCUAAAAGUGUAACACAAGCAACUGGACAGGUAGUUGCAACUGCUAAAAGUUGUGCUGAAAUGGUUGAAGAAUCAGAGGAAAUGGAUUUUUCAAAACUUACAUUACAUCAAGCAAAGCGGUUAGAAGUGGAGUCACAGGUACGUGUUCUGGAACUAGAAAGUAUGCUUGUUAAAGAAAGAGUUAAACUAUCGAGUCUGAGAAAGAAACACUAUCAGUUAGCUGGAGCAAGUGAAGGUUGGGAAGAAGAGGUAAAUUUAGCAAAAACAUUUAAAUUUGUUUAA